CACAUUGCUGUGCAGGCACUAGUGGGAAUGGAGGGAGAAGUAAACAUGCAUCCGAGUCAGUUUGCUACAAGAAAACCCAAAUGUAAUCGUGUUCGCUGUUAUUACUGAGCCGAUGAAGAAGCGUAGUUUCGGUAUCUCUGGGCUCACAAUAGAAAGUUAGUGGCAGUGCUUACAGAGUAGCUGAGUACAACUUUGACCGUACUGAGCCAGUGCCAGUGCUUUCAGACGAGCAUGUUUCACCAGAAUUAUCAGGGAAAAACGUUCGUCAGCAGAUUGAUUCUCCUCCAUGUCCAGUUUAAUACACGCCGUGUAACAAUGUCAAUACCGAGUCAGUCAGAGAAAAGCUGGAGAAACAGGAGCAGGCUGCAGAUCAAUGCAGACAGGAGGGACACAGACCUCAGUGGCGAGGUGGCAAACAGCCCGAGGGCUGACAGCGACCAGGCUGAGAGAAAGUUCACAGAGGAGGAGCUGACCAUCCACAGAGUGCACACAGAGGCGUGUCAGGCAAAGAAGCAGAUGUAUGUCGACCCUUCCAGUGGGUACAAGGUGUUCACAGAGUAUGCCCACCUUCAGAGAGGGAAGUGCUGUGGCAGCGCGUGCAGACAUUGUCCAUAUGGCCAAGUCAACGUGAAGGACCCUGCCAUGAAGAAACAUUUUAACUCUCUGUUUUAUGUGUAGGCCUAACAUGACAAAGGUAAAUCUUUGUUUAGAACUGCUCCUAAUCUUCAGCCUGUCGUCAUUUGGACUACUGAGAGUCAUUUUUUUAGCAGUGUACUAAAUGAUGAAAUAUGGGUAGCGUCUGUGCAAUAGCUAUCUGGUAUGAAUCACUAUUCAUAGGAUUGUUUUUAUUCUAAGAUAGAGAAGAAGGAGGAUUUGUUCACUAGAACCUCAUGUAAAAUAGUCUUUUAUCAAGUUGUGCUGUUUUUUUCUAAUGUAUUCCUCCAAUGUCCAAUGAAAUGCCUUGAGCUUGA